UACAAAACCCUAAUUCGCACUUCUCUCACACCAUCUCCAUCUUCCCUGCGACAGCCCUCUCACUCUCUUCAGAGUUUCUAGGGUUUCUCGUUUCAGCUAGAGAAAAUGGGUCUUCCAAAUGACCACGACUUGUUGAAUCCAUCACCAGAGUUUGAAAAGAAGAAGCACAAGCUCAAACGUCUUGUUCAGUCCCCAAACUCUUUCUUCAUGGAUGUGAAGUGCCAAGGCUGCUUUAACAUAACAACUGUGUUCAGCCAUUCCCAGACCGUGGUCGUUUGUGGAAACUGCCAGACUGUGUUGUGCCAGCCUACCGGUGGUCGUGCUAGACUUACUGAGGGAUGUUCUUUCAGGAGAAAGGGAGACUAGAGAAGAUAGUAAUCUUUUUAGAAUUGAAUUUUAACAUUCAAAUGGGAAUUUUGGUGCAGUACUCUAUUUUCUUAUUUAAUAUUUAGACUUAAUUAAGAACAAAUGUUUUUGAGUCUAGUAUGACUUGAUUAUGUUAUGUUUCUUAUUUUUGUUAUCCCUUUGAAAUUGGAUUGUUAAAUGUUCUCUUAUGUGUUGGUUCCCUGGGAUUA